ACAAAGCUCUAGAGUUUUCUCACUUUCUGCUUUUCAAGCCAGAAUUUGAGCUCCACCACGACUUUAGUUACCACACAAAGCCAACCCUCUCGAGGUCUGUUGGAAAGCUCAGAAAACCUUCCCAUGCGAAAAGCCUAUAAAUAGAGAGAGUGAGAACUAACUUAGAACAUAAAGUAGAAGAUGAAAGUAACUGAUGAAAGGAUGGAGAAGAUGGAAGAGAAAGAAAGGAAACAACAAGGAGGCAUCAUCACAAUGCCCUUCAUCUUCGCCAAUGAAGUUUGCGAUAAGUUGGCUGUGGUGGGAUUCAAUGCGAAUAUGAUAAGCUACUUAACCAUUCAGCUGCAUAUGCCACUCACGAAAGCUGCAAACACACUCACCAACUUUGGUGGAACAUCGAGCUUGACACCUCUCAUCGGGGCGUUUUUCGCCGAUGCAUAUGCCGGCCGGUUCUGGACGAUCACAAUCGCUUCUCUUAUCUAUGUUAUAGGAAUGACAUGCCUAACCCUCUCGGCCUCGCUUCCCCAACUGAGGCCACCACCGUGUCAAUCUGACCACCAUCCGUGCCAAGAAGCCAACACUGGGCAGCUAUCGAUCCUUUACGUGGCCCUCCUGCUCGGGGCAGUAGGUUCAGGUGGGAUCAGGCCGUGUGUGGUGGCUUUUGGGGCAGACCAGUUCGACGAGUCGGACCCUAGACAAUCAACCAAGAUAUGGAAGUACUUCAACUGGUACUACUUCGUCAUGGGUGCCUCUGUUCUAGUGGCGGUCACGGUGCUCGUGUACAUCCAGGAGAAUGUUGGAUGGGGAUGGGGCCUUGGGAUCCCGACUGUCCUGAUGUUCCUGUCGGUGGUGGCACUGGUUUUUGGGUACCCACUGUACCGGAAGAUGGAGCCGGCAGGGAGCCCCUUCACACGGUUGCUGCAGGUGUCUGUGGCAGCCUUCCAGAAGAGAACUCUCCCGGCACUCGAGGAUCCAUGGAUGCUGUACAAGAAUGAGGAGCUCGAUGCAUUGAUUUCUAUCGAUGGGAAGCUAGUCCACACAUCACAAAUGAGGUUUCUAGACAAAGCAGCCAUAUUGACUGAAGAAGACGACCCUAAGGCUCCAAACCUAUGGAGGCUAAGCACAGUCCACAGGGUGGAAGAGCUCAAAUCACUGAUAAGGAUGGGGCCAAUUUGGGCAUCGGGUAUCCUCUUGAUCACGGCGUAUGCCCAGCAGGGCACGUUCUCCCUCCAGCAGGCCAGGACCAUGGACCGGCACCUGACCACCUCCUUUCAAAUCCCGCCGGGCUCCAUGACUGUGUUCACCAUGACCACCAUGCUCCUCACCAUCGCCUUCUACGAUCGGGUCUUUGUCCCCAUGGCCCGGAAGUUCACUGGUCUUGAAAGGGGAAUCACAUUCCUCCACAGGAUGGGCAUCGGGUUCGGGAUCUCAAUACUUGCCACUCUCGUCGCAGGUUUCGUCGAAGUGAAGAGAAAACAUGCCGUAGCACUUGCACCACAUAGUCUAACGAGCAUCCCUAAUUCAACCUUACCGAUUUCGGCCUUCUGGCUGGUUCCUCAGUAUGCCCUCCAUGGAAUGGCUGAGGCCUUCAUGUCCAUCGGUCACCUUGAAUUUUUCUACGACCAGGCUCCAGAAAGCAUGAGGAGCACCGCCACGGCACUGUUCUGGAUGGCAAUCUCCAUUGGGAAUUAUGCAAGCACCCUCCUCGUGUCCCUGGUGCACAAGUUCACCGACUGGCUCCCUAAUGAUAACUUGAACAAAGGGAAGUUGGAAUACUUCUACUGGCUAAUCACUUUCCUACAAGUUCUCAAUCUCAUCUAUUAUUUGCUCUGUGCCAAAUUCUACACUUUCAAGCCGAUUCAGAUCCACAGAACCGAAGGCAGCAGUGACACAGACACCAAAGGAGAUGGAGUCGACCUUGUUAGCCGAGUUUAGUCCUAUCCGAUCUCGGUUAAGGCACAAAUAUAAAGAUAUGGCACCGGUGCAUUCAUGUUUUGGAACCUUUUUCUCUUUGACGGCAUAGCAUAUAAUAAUUUUAUCAUAUCGCAGAUCAGCAACCAUAUGAGCUGAGAUGCCUAAUGUAAGAUGUUCAAUCAGAAAAUUAUAUAUGUAGUAUAUGUAUAUACGUGUAUGUAUGCAAGCUGUUUACUGUGACUAAAUACGAAUUAAUAAACAACAUAUGUACUUGAUCAA